AUGCAAUGUGUUUCUCGCCUUCACAACACUCUACAUAGUUUUUUCAAUCAUAGAGAGAUCAAUGCAAUUAUAACAUCGCUGCUGAUAUUUGUUUCAUUUUACAUUGCGAUUGUCACAUUAUUCGGAGAAAACUUUUUGCAACCAUUAGCUGACCAUUCGCAUGCAUUCGCCGAUGGUGAUGAUGUAACAAUUAGAUCAAUAUUUAUUGUCUUCCUCCUACUAUUCUUCUCAUUGAUUGCAAGCAAACUCGCCAAGCUUAUUUGGCUACCGCCCUUAUUUGGUUCGCUGCUUCUUGGUAUUUUCAUUCGAAAUGUUGCCCCAUUUGACAACUUUUUCUUCAUUCCGCCUUAUUGGGAUACGAUUCUGAGGAAAUUGGCAUUUGUCACGAUUGUCAUUCGAUGGGGUUUGGCGAUUGAUUUGAAAUUUAUUUAUGAGAAUGCCGUGCUACCAGCAACACUUGGAUUAGUUUCAUGUUUUGGAGAAAUUGUAGCGAUCACAUUGGCCUCAUUUUUCAUUCUGAACAUAUCAUUUGUAAUGGCGAUUUUCUGCGGAUUGAUUUUGGCUCUUGUGUCGCCAGCUGUCACCGUUCCAACUAUGAUCAAAUUCCGUGACGAAAAUAUGGGAAUUAUAAAGAGAAUUCCGGAUAAUGUACUAGCAACUUGCUGCAUUGACAACGUGUUCGGUGUAAUUGUUUUCAUGAUUUUGAGCUCAAUUAUUUUUACAAACGCUCCGGUUGCCACAACUAUUCUACUAAAUGCCGGAACGAUAGUGUUUGGAAUGAUUGGAGGAAUUGUUCUUGGCCUUCUUUUAUGGCGAUUCCCAAGAUCAGAUGCACCACACACUCAAUUCUCAAGAAUUGCACUUAUCGGAGCGGCCUCAAUAUCGCUUGUCGUCGGCACAUUUUUCAUCAAGUAUGCUUGUUCUGGCUUAAUUGCGUCGCUCAUUUUGGGAGCAAUGUGCUCGAUGAGAUGGUCGGCUGAUAAUGAAAAUAAGUUAAUGUGCGUCGAGUCGAGUUACAAAUUUAUAUGGGAUAUUUUCGCGCAGCCCAUUCUUUUCGUGCUGCUUGGAAUGAAGUUCGAUUGUUCGAAUCUAACUUGGGAAAUUGUUUUCCUCUGCCUCGGAGUGAUUGCAAUUGGGCUGCUUAUUCGAAUCAUUCUUUCAAUGCUCAUCACCUUAUCAACCCAACUAAACUUCAAGGAGCAAAUUGUUGUGUCGUUAAGUCUUCUGCCAAGAGCAACACUUCAAGCAGAGCUUGGACCAACAUUGGUGCUUCUGACAUCAACAAUUCCGGAAUAUGCAGGAGACGCAAAUUUGAUUCUGAAAGUGUGUAUAUUGUCAGUUUUGGUCACCGCGCCAAUAUUCGAUCUUCUUUUGUCAUUUGCUGGCUCAAAAUUACUAACUGUUGACAUGCCUGAGGCAAUUACAAGAAGCGAUAAGAGUUAUAUGAACGGAGACCAAAUCGACGCCACCAUUGAGAAUAUUUACACGUCCCGUCCCAAAUCCAACUUCGAAUAUCGCAGUGAAACAGUGAUUGAAAGAUAUUAA